AUGAGGGCACCCCGCCUCUAUCAUAAUGAACAACAACAGAUGCUCCCGCAGCGAGUUCAAUCCCCUUCAAAUGGACCCUACGAAAGGAGCACCCGUCUCCAUAAAGAUAAACAGAAUGAAGUAAACAACAACAAAUCUUGCUCAAGCAUACCCGAACCUCUCUUUCCCUUCUUCCUCACCUCAAUGAAGCUGGGUCAAAACAUCAUCAACCUCUGUCGUCAAGGGAAAUCCAUCCUUCGAGUAAGUUUGAGAUACAUCUAUCUCCAUCAACAAGUCUUUGCCAUUCUGACGAUACAUUCCCGAGCAGCAGAACUUCUACUGGCGAUUGCUCUAGUCUUUUCGACUAUUUGUGCCAGUACGCGAGCUCAUCAGACCUUGAUUUACCUCGAGCGAACGGCUUCUUUCGCUUGCUUCGCUUUCAUCGAAGGAUAUUCUUCUAGCCCUCCCUCGUCUGUGUCCACCAUCGACUUACCGAGCUUCCCGACUCUGAAGAUCGAUCAAGCCGACACUCUAGCCGAGCCCAUCCUCAAAGUCAAAUUUGACUACGGGUUCCCCAAAGAAUACAGAGCAAAAUGGCAUCUCGAUCCCUUCGGUGACCCUGAUUCUGACUCUGAGCUCGGCGAGUUGCCCAGUGAUGAAGAAGAGGAGGACCUCUUUGGCUUUGGAUCUCCGUCGGACGAGCUUGAUGAGUUGCCCAAAGACACUGAAGAGGACCUCUUUGGCCACCCAGAGAGCGCCGAUGACGAAGGCGAACUCACCGAGUCGCCUGAGGAUACCGAAGUGGACCUGUCUGACUAUUCUGAGGACGACGCUGAAGUCCAACCCAUUCGCGAGUACCAGGAGCCUCUGCCUGCCCGCUUGGCUCGCGAGCACGACCGUUAUCGUGCCAGCAAGAAGGUUGCCCAGGGCACUGAUGACAAGCCCAUCAUGAAGUCAGUCCAAGGUUUGGAUGGCGCUUACGAAAUGGAGCCCUCGGACAGCUCUCAUGACCCGGCUGCGACCCCGACCAAGCCAGCCCAUCAUGCUGUGAAGACUCCGCGUACGGCCAAGGCUCCCCGUAUCUCUGACGGAGCUCAUGAUGGAAAGGGCACUGGUGCGAAGAAGUCCGGCCCCGGUAUUGCCAAGGUCCUUGAUUUCAAUCCCAGCCCCAAGCACUACCUUGGUCUCGGCAAGAAGAUGAAGAGUGAUGCUAGCCCCGAGGCCGACUCUGCUACGGCCAUCGGCAAGCACGACGUCGAGUGCGGCCCCUCUACCCCCCCUCCUGGCUUCCGCUACGACGAGGAGGGCCACGGCCGCCCGCCUCCUAGUCGCCCUCGCAGCGUCAAGACAGCUCCCACAGUCAUGUUCGCCGACACCGACGUUGAGGAUAACUCGCCGUCCACUCGUCGUCAGAAGAACCGCGUCCGUAUCGCGUCGGCCUCGAAGUCGGCCUCGCUUGAGCGUCCCUCGAUCCAGCCCGCUGGCCCUCGACCCCUUGGCCUCGAGCCUGCGUACUACGAGCCCAUUAACGCUGGUGUCCCAACCACCCCGACCAAGGCCCAUCGUAAGCGAAGCCGCGAUCACUUUGAGAAGACUCUUACACUCGCUGGACAAGACACUGCGAACAUGAAAGAGAUCAUGGCCAAUUACGCUCUUGCAAACGGCGAGAAGGCUGACGAUGCGGUCAGUGAGGAUGGCGAGGGUGACGAGCUCACGCCCAAGGCCUCUAUCCUCAACAGCCACAUGGACAUUGACGAGGAUUAUAUCGCUUACGUUAGCAGCUCAAUCCUCAGUUCACUUGCAAACUUGAUCCGCUUAAGUCAAUAUCUCAUCCACCAUGGGCGUCUCGCAGCAUUCACACCCCCUUCUGCCCCUUCCACCCUCUCCUACCACUCCAAACCCAAAACGGUACGGAGAGCAGAUACAUCCCACGAAGGAGACCCGUCGCACCCGCACCUAGACACACGCGCGCCAGAUAAGCUCCACCCCUCAGAAGCGUCUUGUCAAUCAAGGUUGCCUUUUUCUUCUUUUGUGGCAGCAGCGGUGCCGGCGCUGUCACCCCGUUCCCCCGGUUCACCUCCGGGUAAAACAGAGAAGCGAAGCGAGCACGAGAGCAGAGCAACCAUCUCACUCACGACAGCUGCCCGCCAGUUGUGCAACCCAACCCACACCCCUCCCACUCGAAAGCGGGCAGAAACACCAAGGGCCAUGAACUUUCCUGCCUCAACCUCCAACGACUUCGCCUUCAACCCCAUCCUCAGCUCCAACAACCAGUCGCAACAGCAGUCCCAGCAGCAACAGGUCCAAUUCUCUUCCCGCCAGCUCCAGCUGCAGCAACAGCAACAACAGCAUCAGACUCAACAGCAGCGGCAGCAGCAGCUCCAGCAGCAGCAACAACAACAGCUACAGCUACAACAUUCCCUCCCGCCGCCGCAACUUCCUUCGCCUGCGCCGUCCGCCAACGCGCAAUCCCUCUCGGCCGCCCAGCAAGCCCUUGCCCACGCGCAGUACCAGCAGUUCGUCCUCAUGAACGGAAUGAACGGCGGCAAUGUGCCCAACGGCAUGGGCGGCGUGCCCACCCCUGCCGGUCAGCAGGCCGAGCUCAACUACAUCUAUGGCAUGGUCGAGGAGCUGAGUAGGCAGCUUACGGAAAACCGUCGCGUCACCGAGGAUAUUGUCUCUGGUCUUGGAAGGGUGCGCAGUCGCGCGAGGACGCAGGGAAUGGGCAAUGACGACCUCAUCCACAACGCUGCAGACGACAUUCUUGGUACGCCCUUGCUGCUCGAACACCCGCCCACGCGCACAUCUCAAGAACAGAAUCUCGACACCCUCAUCUCCAUCCUCUCCGAGUCCCUUGAAAAGGCCAAAUACAGCCGCGACGCCAACGCGACACUCCUCAGCCAGUACGCGACAGUCUUCGCCGCAAUGCUGAAGCAAUUCCACGAGUACAAGGCAAAGCACGUCACCGAUGUCGCCGCAUGGCACCGCUCGUACCGAUCCCAGCUCGCCGAAGCCCGCGCCGAGAAUAGCAGACUCCGAGAACAGAUCUGGGAGAUGCAGGAACGCGCGGGUAAGGCGAACGAGGUGCUCCGCAACUUCCGCCGCAAGUACGACGAGGACGAGACGCGGUGGGAUCGGCGCGUGGAGGACGUGGCCGCGCGCCAGGAACUUCGGUUCUGGAAGCGCAUGGCCAUGCCCGAGGUCAGCGACGAGGACCCUUGCUGGAGCGACGACGACGACCUCAUUGACCCGGCGGAGAAGGAGCGGUUGAAGGAGCUGGAGAAGAGAGCCGCUCAAGAACAGCUUUCUGGGAGCCAGCAAAUGGGAGACGAGUACUCGCGUCCGCAGUCGCCGGAAUCCAGCAUGAUGGGUGGCGUCCCGAUGCAGAGAGAUCUAGGAAUCCCCAUGGGUAUGCCCGUUCCGCCACCAAGACCCUCGAGUGCGAAUUCGAGCACUGGCUCCUCUGGCCAGUGA